GGAGAGGUCUCGGUUCUGCAAGAGAACGCAGGCGGCAGUACCUGAGUGCGCCUGCGUGGAAACUGCUUCCGGGGUGAGGUCCUGCGCUUGCGCAUCUCCUUUUUCCCUUCUCGAGCCACAGCACGUCUCAGGGCUGCAGACUUUUGUCUUCACCAAUGGACCUGGUUGGUUUUGCUUAUGCAGCCCUUUUGACAAUUGGAACUAUUUUGGGAUAUAAGCGAAGAGGUGGAGUUCCAUUUUUGAUUGCUGGUCUUUCUGUUGGCUUUUUUGCUGGAUAUGGAGCCUACCGUGUCUCCAAUGACAGACGGGAUGUCAAAGUGUCAUUGCUUACAGCUUUCUUCCUGGCCAUGAUAAUGGGUUUGAGAUUCAAGAGGUCCAAGAAAAUAAUGCCUGCUGGCCUGUUUGCAGGCUUAAGCAUGGUGAUGAUCCUGAGGCUGUUCAUACUGCUGCUUUAGCAUCUAGCGGGACCAAGAGCCAAACUCCUAUCAUUCUCCUGUACCUGGCAGAACAGUUUCUUGCAUUUCAAAGAUCAAUUUAAAUAGGUGGUAAAUGUCUUACACUGAAGUGAAAAUAAUGUCACCCUAAUAUUGAAAACUAAUUGGCAAAAUGUCCCCCCUCCUUUUUUUAUUUAAAGCACAAAUUUUAGAGGGAAUGUUGUCCAUCAUGUCAGCCUGUUCUAGAGGGGAUGCUGUCCUUCAGGUCAGCCUGUUCUAGAGGGGAUGCUGUCCAUGUCAGCCUGUUCUAGAGGGGAUGCCGUCCUUCAGGUCAGCCUGUUCUAGAGGGGAUGCUGUCCAUCAUGUCAGCCUGUUCUAGAGGGGAUGCUGUCCUUCAGGUCAGCCUGUUCUGGAAGGGAUGCUGUCCUUCAGGUCAGCCUGUUCUAGAGGGGAUGCUGUCCAUCAUGUCAGCCUGUUCUAGAGGGGAUGCUGUCCAUGUCAGCCUGUUCUAGAGGGGAUGCUGUCCUUCAGGUCAGCCUGUUCUAGAGGGGAUGCUGUCCAUCAUGUCAGUCUGUUCUAGAGGGGAUGCUGUCCAUCAUGUCAGCCUGUUCUAGAGGGGAUGCUGUCUUUCAGGUCAGCCUGUUCUAGAGGGGAUGCUGUUCUAGAGGGUCUUUCAUGAGUUGUUAUGUAUGCACUUGCUUUGUCUCAUUUUGUGUGUGGAAUUUGGGGGCUUGCUGCUUUCUGAUUUUGACAGUUCCAAACACUUAUGACUCAAAUAAGCUUAAGUUAAACUGCAGCCUGUCAGGUAAUGGGAUUCUUGGAGUGAACCACAGGGCAUGGUAAUGAGUUGUAUGUCAAUCUGAUACAUUAGGGAUUUUAUUUGUAUUGUUACUGCACUGAAGGAAUUCCAUUCUUAGCUCAUCUGUGUCCUAGCAAAAUGUACUGAGCAUUCCAAUAAAAUACAUUUUAUUUUCAA